UGAAGGCAAGGUAACGACGCCACCGACGCUGCUGGAAGUGUGCAACCGAAUCUAAGAUUUUUGCUUUUUGCUCUUCCAAAAUGAGCGGUGAUACUCUUGAUGUUGGCCAGGACUCUCAAGAAUUUCGAAUUCGAUCUGACAGUCGCGGGGACGCUUCGAGUGAAGUUAGCGGUUAUAGCAGCCACCGAAGUCAUUACAGCUACACCGCAAAACGAUCGGGCCCGUACCUGGAGGGGAAUCUGAAAUUAUGCGAUACCAUCAAUUGCGGUUUGAAUCAGCAGAGAGAGCUGCCAUCUGAUGUGAUGUGCUGUCGCUUCAACCAAGAUGGAACGCACUUGGCUGUUGGCUUGUGUGAUGGCUCAAUAAAGAUUUAUAAUCCAUCCAACUGCCAGUUGCUGUAUAGUUUGCAAGAUGACGACACAAAUCAAAGCCGUCUUCCUGUCACUCAGAUUCGAUUCCGUCCUUUCACAGAGGAUGAGAAGACGGAAUACCAUCACAUUCUCAUUUCUUGUUAUGCGUCUGGACAGGUAAAAUUCUGGCACUACACGUCAGGAAAAUGUCUUCAGACCAUCAAUGAGGUGAGGCAGUUACUGGCCUUGACCUUGAACACUGACGGGACACGCGUCCUGACCGCUGGGGCUGAGCCUCAGAUCCAUAUGUACGAUAUGGAGACCAAGCAGAGGGUCAACACCAUGGAAGCCAGUGACGCGUACAACAUCAUGGAUGGCCACAGACUCCGAGUGUUUGCCCUCCAGUAUAACCCUAACUACCCACACAUGUUCAUCUCAGGCGGAUGGGAUGACACCGUUCAGUAUUGGGAUGAUCGAGCAGUCCAUUCAGUAAAGAAGUUUGCAGGGCCUCAUCUUUGUGGUGAUUCAUUAGAUAUCGACCCCGUUCACAACCACAUACUCACAGGCUCUUGGCGAAAAACACACGUCCUUCAGAUCUGGGACUUUGCCAUGGCUAUGAAGAUCAAAGAUGUUCCCCAAGAUACACUGAAUCAUAGUCGGUUGUACUGUGCUCAGUGGCUUGGAAGAGACAGCAUCAUUUGUGGAGGAACGGAUCAAAACAUGGCCAGAACCAUUGACAGAGGCACUCUCAAUACAACAGGCCAGCUAGUAGACUUACCCCAGGGUGUCUAUUGCAUCGAUAAUGACAGACAGGGAAACUUCCCCCGAGUCGCUGUUGGGUGUAACAGAUACAUCUACAUCCUCAACACCGAGAAGAAGAACUGAAAGAUCUGAAGUAUUUCACAUAGCCUGUGCUGGUAAAGCGCUGGAUCUUUUUCGGUUAAGGUUUUAAAAGUUCAAGUCUCGGUAGUUGUGACAUUUUAUUAUAGGUAGGCUACGGAGUAUAAUUGAUAUGAAUUUUCUUCAAUGUGUACUCUCUUUCUCUUUACUGAAAUUUUAAAAAAAAUUUAAAUUACAUUCAUCCAUAGUUUGGGUGCUUAGUUUGCUCUGUUGAUAUUGUCUGACUAGAGUGUGGUUGAAUCUGGUUCAAAUCCACUAUGGAACAUCCUUGCAUUUGGAGUUUUCAAGGCAUUUCCUUCACCACUUUGCUCAGUCUUAUUGGAAGUGGACGUUAAGUUUGGAGGUCCCAUCUCUAAUAUAGUACUGUACUGCUGAAAGAGGUAUUAUACAUAUGCCAAUCUAUUCUAAGUGCCUAUUCAAAAAAGUAACAAACGGAAAAUACGAAAACAUUUUUUUUUGACAUUUCAAUUUAGCUGAACCUUAAAUUGAUAUAUAUUAUAAUACAAGUCACCUGAACUCUGAUAUGGACCUAUUUUCUAUACAUUUUUCUUUGUAUCGACCAGUCUAAAUGAAUUGUUUCAAAUAUUUUUGAGUGCGAGGUCAAAGUUCAUGAGUGACCCCUUAGAUUUCUAUACAGUUUGUUGAAAUGUUCAGCUAUUAAUGUUCAUAGAGGAGAAUGCAUUUAAUCUAUUUAAAAACAAAAUACGGUGGAGUCCACUUAAAUCGAACUUGGUUUUGAAAGGAAGUAAAAUCCUUGAUUUAAAAAAAAAUUAGAAUUAGAGCAUCCGCUCUGGAGUGAAAACACCGCUAAGCUGAAGAAAAUCUGACAAUCCCACAAAUUUCGGUCUAAGCUGACUCCACUGUACAAAUGAAAAUAGUGCUUUUUCUAUUCAGCUUUUAACUAUCUGGUAAACUUAUGAUACACGACUUCCUACUUUCUGCCUUUUUUGGGCAGCUUCCUAGCAUUUUUAGGAUGUGCUUUCACUUUGGAGUAGCCUUUUAAUUUUUCAAAAAUUAAAUCACAAGUGCAUUGUACAAAUAGAAUGAUGAUCACAGCAUAAAAAAACGACCCCCACUAGUUCUCAAAGCCAUAUACUUCGUAAUCUGCUGUGCUACUGCAACUGCCCAUAUUAAUGUAUUAUUACCGCUCUGUGCUUACAUCAUGUCAAACUUUACUACACUGGAACAAGACAUGAUACUUUUUACUUAUGUCUGUGGUGUAAUGGUUAGGCUUUUUGCUGAUGCAUGGAGCAGAUGUGAGUUUGAUUCCUGGGUGAGGACUUUUUUCAUUAUGUAAUCUCAUCUGUCUUCGUGGACAUUGUAUCCUUCUCAGUCUGGGUAAGCCCUAACAGGCAAGGUCAAUGCCUGCCUCAUAAACUAUAUAAAUUGUGUUGGUGGGGGCGUAAAGUGUAUACAGUUACAAUUACCAACGCUAAAAGACAUUUUUCUCAAAACUGUCACAUACCUUACUUUCUCAUUGACACCAUUUACAAAACAAAAAAUUUAUAUUUAAAAAAAACUUUUUGUUAGGACUGAUUAGAUCAGAUCUCAGUAUCAGAAUUCACUGCUAUUGCUAUCACAAACUUUCCUGAAAUGCAUCAUUUAUAGUAUACUCAUUUUGGUUAAAGGUAGACAAAUGCACAAAAAUGAAGAAUGCUUAGGUAAAGACAGAGUAAUGGAAUCAGGGGGGAAAUGGUGAAUAAGAGAGAGAUUGAGACAGACAUAGAGAGAUUAAGAGAGAGAGAAAGAGAGAGAGAAAAGAGAGAGAGAGAGAGAGAGAGAGAGAGAGAGAGAGAGAGAGAGAGAGAGAGGAUAGAGAAAGAAGCUCUCAUAAAAUGGCCAGAAAAGUAAUCACGCUCACCCUUGCUAUAAUUUGUAAAUCUUAAAUGACAGUUUUGCUUUAAAAGUGGUAUUGGGCAUUGAUCCCAUGCACAGAUCAUGAAUGAGUGGCAUUCAUUAUGCUAUUAAGCUCUUCUUUUUUUAAAAGCACAAAUUUAUGGGGAGUAUAUUAUCUGAGAAUAGUUUUUCAAAAAAUGCCUGUUGAGUGAGCUUGUACUUCAAGUUGGUGAAUAUAUUAUAUGAUGUUUUUUAUAUUUAUAUGUAUAUAUAAAUAUUUGUUCAUAUACAUGGUCAUGUUUUCACUCCACCUCAGUACCGGUAAUACUGUAGGCCUAAUUGUUAAUGAAAGAAAAGCUGCUGAAUACCUCAUUCUUUAAUCAAGGUUGUGAGAAUAUUUUGUAUUCGUCUUUUUAUCAAUCUCUAAAUCAACAGCUUACUGUGGCUCCAUUGUAGUAUUUUAAUAAGCGUUUUAUAGUUCAUAGAGAAAAUACUUUCAUCCUUCCAAAAAAACAUUCAUGUACAUGUACGUCACUUAUUUAUCUUUAAUCAUUGAUUGAAAUUAAUGAGUCAGCCUUUAUUGUUUCACAUGUGCCCCCUCCCCCCUCCAAUUAAACUUAAACCAAAGAAAUGUUCCUCAUCUACAACUCACAUAGAGUUUUGAACAAUAUCAAUAUAUGUGUUGUUUUUUUUAUUCAAUGGAAUGUACAUCAUGUACUUAUUGAGUGCUUGAGUGCUCAGCUUCAUAUGGGCGCAAGCAAAGUAAUAAGAGAGGAACGUAAAUAUUUCUUCUCCAUCAUUGCAUUUUAUUGCAUUAUUUAUUAUUUAGGAAGAUAAUAGAAGGAACAAAAUGGAAAAUCUGUUCGGUUUCUUCAGUAGACAUGACAGAAUAAUGGUCAUUUAGUGCUGGGGAAGAAAAAAACAAGAUCAGACUAAACAGAAUUGCAAUUGUGGUGUGUUGGUAAAGCACUUUGCUGUUGCACCCAAAUAAAGUGAGUUUUAUUCCCAUCCUUGGAGUUUUAUCAUUAAGCAUCUGAGUCUGUUGAGGCAUUGUAUCCCACUCUGCUCAAGUUGGCCUUAUACUAACUUAUAUAUAGGCAGAGCUGAGGCAGUCUGUGUUGUAAAUGAUCUAAAUUGUAUUGUUUGAAGGUAGAGCAUCUACAAUCCCAAGUUUUCCCAUCGUUGAGUAAGUCUAACCAAUAAUUAUUUCCUUCUGUAUUGUAUUGAACUUUUCAGGAACAUGAUGAUGAAUAGAGUUUUUUGCUGACCAGUAUUUUGAGGAAAGGGAUGCAAACAAUGAAAUAUAAUGUCACAUAAUUCACGAUCACGCAGCAUUAUAUGUAUGUAUUCAAGCUUUUAAAAAUCUAUACAAGUUUAUCAAAAUAAUACUUAUUUAUUGAGACAAUAGUUGGGUUUUUUUGCAUGUCAGUAAGAAACAGUGAACGUUUACUUUAUAGCCUACUUGGUGUGUGUAUUUAGUAUUGUCUCAUUAAUAAUUUUUCUUUUUUUGAUGUCUCAUGUGUUCCCAAAGAAUUAAUUUUUAAUUCAUAUACAUGUAAUAUGACACAAACAUUUUGUUGUUUCUAAUCUGGUACUGUAUGGGGAUCAGGUAGAUAAGGGUAAACAAGACAUUUGAUUUUCAACUCAGUUCAACUGGGGGGUGAAAUGAAUAGAGAACAAAAACCAUGCAAUUUGCUCUGAUUAGUUCAAGUUUCAGUUCCUAGCUAGCCAUGCACAUUUGACCAGACAGAUUAGGUCGGUGCUUGUACGGG